GGUAACGGUCAAAAUAAUGAGUGUUUACCCGGCUGUCUUUAUAGUUUUAUCCUAUUUGGUUUGGAUAAAAUGCAUUUACUAUCGACAUCGAAGCUCUUUGGUGAAGUCGUUGAAUCAUUUUAUGAACGUGUUAACAAGCAGAGACACAGUCGGCGCAGACAUCAGAGCUCUGGUUGUGACUGCGCAUCCGGAUGAUGAAUGUAUGUUCUUCGCGCCAACGAUUAUACGUCUCGUUGAGUUAAAAGCCAGCGUUCAUUUGCUGUGUUUAUCAGAAGGAAACUACUACAAUCAAGGAGCUCAGCGUAAACAAGAACUUCUCAACAGCUGUGCAGUGUUGGGGAUACCAGACUCCAGAAUCACCAUAGUAGACCAUACAAAACUCCCCGAUGAUCCCAAAGCAGAAUGGAGCGUCUCCCUGGUCUCUUCUUUAAUUGUGAAGCACAUGAGAGAGCACUCCUUCAACAUGGUGCUGACCUUCGAUGGGAGCGGAGUGAGCGGCCAUGCCAAUCACACAGCCAUCCAUAAAGCUGUCAGCUAUCUGGCUUCCACUGGACAAGUACCCAAUGACUGCUGUUUGCUCUCCCUGGUGACCGUUGGCCUCUUCAGGAAGUACAUUUCUUUCCUGGAGCUUCCCUUCAGCUGGCUGCUGCCCUGCAGCCUCCGCUGUUUCCUCGGCUCACAGGGCUACAGGCAAGCCAAAGAUGCCAUGUAUUGCCACCGCACCCAGCUCCUGUGGUUUCGUUACCUCUACAUCACCAUGUCUCGAUACAUGUUCAUCAACACGUUCCAAAUUAUCCCACAAGGUCCAAAGAACCUGAAGAUCUAUUGAGUUAUGAGAUAAACUGAUGCACUGACUGUUACUUUGUUUUCCUGCUGCCUAUCUACUAGAUAACUGUGGUGAAGAGUGAAUAAGGGUUUACAAAUCAGAUGAGCUGUUUUGCUCACUGUAAAAAGAAAAUACUCAGUACUUUACUUUUUCAAAGAAGACUCAGCGUUUUAUCGUAAGUCCUUUCCAUAAAUAAUGCUGACUUUUCGUUUCUCAAAAAUCUUUAUUGUUAUUACACUGUAUAAAAGCAACACUACGGAUACAGUUUUGUAAUCUUAUGUCAAAGAUUAUUAAAAAAUACUGUAAAACAUUUUUGAUACUGAUGAUUAAAAUAAGCUUGAUUCUUAAAUCA